AUGACAACACCAACCGACAAACCGUAUGUUCGUGCUGCAACACCAAAAGAGAUCGAGGAGAUCGUGCAAGUGGCGGCUCGGGCUUUCGUUCAUGACCCAAUCGUGAAUUACUUGGGAAACGCACCUAAGUUGGUGGAUCCUGAGGUCGACUUGAAGGAGUGGAAAGGACGUCAGAUCUUUCAUUAUUUCCUCAUCAAGGCAACAUUCCUCAUCGGGCGCGUCAUGGUCGCCGUCGAUCCUGCAGAGAAUGGCAAAAUCAUUGCAGGCGCUCUGUGGAUGCCGCCUCGGACGCGUCUGUCGAUAUGGAGAACCUCUACUCUGCUCAGAGCCAGGGUAAUACCGCUCUUGAAGCAAUGGAAACUAACUGGCCUCUUGAGAAUGGCUGCCGAAUAUCCAGAGGCUGCAGAGAAGAUGCUGAAGACGUGCUUCGAAGCAAAGGGUUCUAAGGAGUCCCCGCAUAAGGUUUGGUAUCUCCAAAUGAUAUUCACUGAUCCUGACCGCCAAGGGAGAGGGUUAAUGUCCAUGCUGAUGCGGGAAGCAUUUGACUACGCGCCCGAGUCCGUGUUUUGUCUGGAGGCAACCACAGAGAAAUCCAGAGAUAGAUACACCCACUUGGGCUUCGAGCACCCUACCCCCAUAAUAUUGGGUGUUGGGAAAGUGGAUAAAGAUGGGGUGCAAGCGCAAGGAGAGAAUGCAACUGGUUUCGUAUCUUAUGCCAUGGGAAGGUGGCCGUCGAAGUAA